ACAUCGUUCAGGUAGUCAAAGCGCAGAUCUGACCGUCAGAUACGAGAGAAGUGUCUGGCUGUUUUAGCUCGCCCUCCUCGCUGUUACCACGGAUUCUCGCAGCCUGCGUCUCGACGAGAAAAUAUGGUGGCUAAAAACAGAAAACAGACCGGGAAGAACACUGCGAUCCACAGUGACCGCGACAAGAGCCCGCUUGUUUCGCCUCACGGGAAAAGUAACGCCAAGCGAGCAGGCAGGGACGGCAAAGGUCUGAGCAGCGCUCUUCCUAACGGGCUCGGUGCUUCUGCAGCCCUCAAGCUGACAACCACGCUUCUUCUCGCUGCUCUGACCGGAUAUCUGCACUGGUAUCAUCUCUCACAGCUCUUUGAGAAUGACAGACACUUUUCACACCUGUCAAACCUGGAGAAAGAAAUGGCUUUUCGGACAGAAAUGGGACUAUAUUAUUCAUACUACAAGACCAUUAUUGAAGCUCCAUCUUUCCUGAAUGGCCUCCACGUGGUCAUGAAAGAUCGUCUGACAGAGUACCCCUUAGUUAUUAACACGCUGAAACGAUUCAAUCUCUAUCCAGAGGUGUGGUUGGCCGGCUGCUACCGGAUGUACACAGGAAUUAUGGGCUACUUUGGCAUUCCCACAAAGAUGUGUUGGUCUAUCAACAGAGGGGAGGGGCUCACUCCUGUGGAUAGCUGUGAAGGCAUGGGCGACCCAGCUUAUUUCUAUGUGACCUGUGUUUUUGUGCUGAAUGGCGUCAUGAUGAGUAUCUUCUUCAUCUAUGGUGCCUACCUAAGUGGCAGUUGGCUGGGCGGUGUUGUUACAACAAUGUGUUUUUUCUUCAAUCAUGGAGAGAGCACGCGUGUUAUGUGGACUCCACCCCUUAGGGAAAGCUUUGCCUACCCUUUUCUAGUCCUACAGAUGCUGCUUCUCACUUAUAUCCUGAGGACCCGGAAUCCAAGCAGGAUGGCCAUGGUUGCUCUGGGUGUCCUCAAUUUGUGCUUUAUGCUGCCUUGGCAGUUCGCCCAGUUUGUGCUGCUUACUCAGGUGGCUUCUCUGUUUGCGUCAUAUGUACUGGGUUACCUGAGUGCCUCUAAGAUGCAGUCCAUCCUGGUCACUCAUAUGAUCACACUCGCUGUCUGCUUCAUCCUGAUGUUUGGCAAUUCCAUGCUCCUCACUUCCUUCUAUGCUUCUUCACUCAUCUCCAUCUGGGCAAUUGUUGCAUUCAGGGAUCGGUUUGUAACCGUCUUCAAAUCUGGCAUCGUCACCUGGGUCAUGCUGGGUUUAGCUUGGAUUGUCUCCACAGUUCUGCUCAAAUUUCUGCUUUCCACUGUUCUUGGCACCUCUGAUGAUGCUCACAUCAGUGGCUUGAUCAAAUCUAAGUUUACCAGUUACAAGGAUUUCCACACUCUAAUGUACACAUGUGCUGCAGAGUUUGACUUCAUGGAGUUAGAGACGCCUGUACGAUAUCUAAAAACAUUGCUGCUGCCCAUCAAUAUGCUGGUGGUUGCUGUCAUUGCUUGGAGGACUGUCCAGGAUAUUCUCAGAUUCCUGAGAAAUGGAAGGAAGGCAUCUGGCAGGACUGAGGUCAUUGAUGAAGCUGUAGGACCCAACGUUGUGGAGAAAGGAGAGCUGGUGUACCAUAGUCUGCAGCUGAUGGCUUUUGCGGUCCUGGCCAUCCUCAUCAUGCGUCUGAAGCUCUUCCUCACACCGCACAUGUGCAUCAUGGCAUCGCUGAUCUGCUCUAAACAGUUGUUUUGCUGGUUCAAGGAGAAGUUUAAGCUCCAGGUGGCAGUAUUCGCUAUCAUGGCUGCCAUGGCCAUACAGGGAAUAACCAACUUGCAGACCCAGUGGGCGAUCAUUGGAGAGUUCAGCAACCUACCCCAGGAGGAGCUGCUGGACUGGAUCCAGGACAAUACCCGCCCUGAUGCAGUGUUUGCUGGGGCCAUGCCCACCAUGGCCAGUGUGAAACUAUCUGCAGGUCGUCCUAUUGUUAACCAUCCACACUAUGAAGAUGCUGGUCUGAGAGAGAGAACUAAGCUGGUCUACUCCAUGUACAGCCGCAUGUCUGGAGAAACAGUCAAGAGGAACCUGAUGAAGCUUCGAGUGGACUACUUCAUUCUUGAGGAUUCCUGGUGCACGAGAAGAACAAGGCCAGGAUGCAGUAUGCCAGAGAUUUGGGAUGUUGAAGAUCCCCAGAAUGUUGGUAAAAUUCCUCUCUGCACACAAAUGUCCAGGAACUCACGGCCCCAUUUUAUUACAGUCUUUUCCAAUGAUGUAUACAAAGUGCUCAAAGUGCCAAAAGUUGCAAAAGAUCUCAGAUAGCUGGAUUCAGGCUGAUUCAGCAGCACUGUUGUUUUGUUUUUUUCUUUCAAAUUGCCUACAACUCUCAGCGUGUUUGCUUUUGGUCAGCAUCUCUGUCAAGAGAAGGCACUGCUGUUGCUGCUGGUUACUUUCCAAAACCCCCGCUUUCUUUGUGGUGCUUUGGGUCAUUGCAGAGUGGACACAAAAUAACCAGGCUGGACACAACAAAAUCAUUUCAGUCCUUACAGGUGUGGCACUCAAGCAUAUUUUUUCCCUGCUUGUUUGUCAUUGAGCCAUCAUUUAUCAAAGCUCCAGCUGUGCCACAGUUGAUGCUGUAUUGGAGGUCAAACAUCGUCUGUGUUUGGUUUGUCACAGUGACUUCUAAUUUUAGAAAAUGGUUGAAACAUAAUGUUUGUAACAUGAUAUAGACGAUGUUCUUUGACUUGUUUGAGAAUUUAGAUUUUGUUGAGCAGGACCAAUCAAUGAUGUCCCAAUACUGUGAAGCAAUACUUGUCGCAAACUUGACAGAAUCGAGCUUUUAUUGUUGUACACAGUGUUGAUCUUUGAAAAAACUUUUGAAGUAGUACAGUAUUUUUAUAAUGUAUUUGUGAUAUACUUUGUGUGCGUGCGUGUUUGUGAGACCUUCUUAUUCAGUGCAUUUAAACUAGGGGUUUUUUGUUUGUUUUGUUUUUGUUUUGUUUUUUUUAACCCAGAACCAAACAGUGUGAAGAUCUAUGAGAAUAUUGCAUAUUUUGGGCUUUAAAAAUAGUUUUGUUUUUUUAAUAAUUUAAAUUAACAAGAUCAAAAGUGCUCAUAGAGUCCUGCGCACCUUACACUCAUUUCAAAAUAUCACUGACUAGGGCUCUCCAUUGAUAUCCACCAAGCCUGGUACUAAAUAUUUGUCAGCCUAAAGGUUUGGGGUGCAAACGACAACUAGUUCAAAAGUGCUCAGAGAAUACGAUAUCACAUCCACAUUUCAAAGUAUCAGGCAAGGAGAGAAAAUGUUACAUCGGCUUUCAUGCAA